CUCCUAUGCAAGACUGCGAUUGCAUAAGGAGUGUCAUUGAUUUGAACAGACAAUGAAUCACUUUCAGAAGAACAGGGAACUAUGAUUAUAAGCAAACGUCAUCCAACAGUGAUACUGGGCCAGAGAGACAUGUCACUGCAAGAAAACUGUUGACAAUCUCCAAAUUUUACUCAUGACUGACAAAUAAGAAAAGCAUGUGUGGGUGUUAAGAGUCAUCUGCUUGGUUGCCCUCGCUGCCCCUGAACACGGAGCUGCCGUCUGCUUUACCUCUGACUGUCCACUCGUCCAGUGAGGCUCACUCCACACCAUGUCUGCAGAGGUGGAGAACAGCGUGGCUGUCCCUGCUGACCCCAGCAUCCCAUCCCCAUCUGCAGCCUCGACCCCCAACACUCCUCCCACCUCCCCUAUAACAUCCAAGGUCCCAUUCAAGAAAGAGAAGAAGAAAGUACUAGAGAAAACAGAUGAGUACCUGCUGGGCAGGUUUCAAGGGGAUGGUGUGAGAUACAAGGCCAAGCUUAUUGGCAUCGAUGAUGUUCCAGAGGCCAGAGGAGACAAGAUGUGUCAGGACUCCAUGAUGAAACUUAAGGGUAUGGCUGUAGCUGCUCGGUCCCAAGGCAAACACAAACAGAGGAUUUGGGUGAACAUUUCCAUGUCGGGAAUCAAGAUCAUUGACGAGAAAUCGGGAGUGAUCGAACAUGAGCAUGUGGUGAAUAAGAUCUCCUUCAUCGCCAGAGAUGUAACAGAUAACAGGGCGUUUGGAUAUGUGUGUGGAGCAGAAGGGCAGCAUCAGUUCUUUGCCAUAAAGACUGCACAACAGGCGGAGCCACUGGUCGUUGAUCUGAAAGAUCUCUUCCAGGUCAUCUUCAACUUGAGGAAGAAAGAGGCAGAGGCAUCCCAGAAGGGUGAAAACGGCAGCGCAGUAGUUGAGAAUGGAGGCGAUGCCUUGUUAACUGUGGACGGUGGAGUAAAAACAUCUCAACCAGUGGAGCAGCUUGACCUUUUUGGAGCAAUGUCGACCCCUCCAGACAUCCAGGCUCCGAAUGACUCUAAUGAUAUUCUCUUGCUGGACUUUUCUGCUGAAGUUGACAGCAAUCAAAAUUGCAUAAAGGGAAACUCCUUUGUAACUUCCUGUGCCCCUGACCCUGGGCUAUCUCCCCAAACAGAGAAUCCCUUUUCCUCAACAUUUGGCUACUUUCCAACACCAGACAGUGACCCUUUCAGAGAUGACCCCCUUUCUAAAUCACCCAUUCGGUCAGCACCCGAUAAUUCACAGAUCCCCACCAAUCACCUAAUCAGCACUGCUGGCAACACCAAUAAGACAAUUAUUAAUGGUGGUUUGAAUGGAGACUCUGAACACCUCAGUCAGCAAAUAAAUGGGUUAUCAAGUAAGACAAUGAUCCUGGCUCUUAGUAACGGCCAGUGGCCACUAGGAGGCAUAAUAUCUCAGGGCAACACAAUAACCAUGAUGGACGGGAAUGAUUCUGGAGCAGUUCUAUCAACCAAAAACCCAUUUUUUGACUCUCCUUUGAAAACUGCCCCUGUCUCUAAUGGCCUAACUCCUCACCCACAACCCCAAGUGACUCAUAGCAAGGAUUCAGUUGUCAUAAGCCCACCUCCACAGAGCUCUAAGGCUGGACGAGGUCGAAGGAGCGCAAAGUCUACAGCAAGUGACCUGUUUGGAGCAGAGCUGUUUGCUGCUCCUGGUCCUGAGGGGUCAUCUGUUCCAGCUGACCUUUUCAACAAUACACCUGCCAGCUCUGUUCCCUCCUCCAUAGCUGCUCUGGGCAAUCUUCAGUUAGGUCCUCCAGCUACCACCGGUAUCCCUGCAGCAGGCAUGUGGGGAGCCCCCGCUGCUGCACCAUCCAUGUACCACAUGCCAGGAAUGACAGCUCCAGGAAUGAGGCCCGCCUACCCACAGCCGUCUGCCUUUGGAGGUCUACCCAUACCACCCACAGCCUGGGGCCAGCAAAUGCCACCUCAGUUUGGUGCCCCACCUAUGUCACCACCCCACCUCCAGUGGGGCCCGACUUCGCCAACCGGGCAACCUGCUCCAGGUUGGGGUCAGCCCGCCUCAACCAAUCCUUUCCAGUCUGGUCCGUUUGCUGCAAUGGGUGAUCAGCAAGGUCCAUCACGCCCUCCUCCUCGGCCACCUGCAAAGGAUGCCCCUCCAAAGGUAGAGAACAGUGCCUUCACAGCUUUGGAUCCCCUUGGAGAUAAAGAAAAGAAGAUUGGAAAGGACAUGUUCAAGGACUUCCAGAUUGCCAAGCCACCUGCCAUCCCAGCGAGGAAAGGGGAGCAAGGUUCCAACUCUGCUCUGGCCCCCAGCGGCAACGAAGGCGGGGCAUUUGAUCAGUACUUCUCCAGUAAAGUGGGCCUGGUUCAGGAUGUUGCCGAUCAUGAUGACUUUGAUAUCACUCAAAUGUCAGCAACUGUUAAUGCUCCUGCUCCAAGUUUGAACCCUGGCCUUCUCGAUGUCGCCUUCUCUUCUGCUCCCGUCACAAACAAUUCAGCACCAGCCCAAGGACAAGGCCUCAAUCAAGACAUGUUCGAUAACGCAUUUGGGGCCCCAAAUUCUGAUCUGUUUGGAGCGCCGCCUGUAGCUAUGCAGAGUGCUCCCGUUGCUCAGAGCUCAACAGCUGCUUUUGGCGAUCCUUUUGGAAAUCCCUUUGCUUGACCACAACCUUGUCCACAAUUGAAAAUGAAGUAAAUGGAGAAAAUGGAGAUCAAAUACCAUCAUUGGGGACAAGCUGCUGCAACGUGUGCAAGACAAUCCAAAUGAUGAACUCUUCUAACUCUUGUCCUUGACCCCGCCCUUCUUUUACACCUCCACCUCUGAUGUUUUUUUCUGUCUGAUUGGUAGUUCCCUUUUUUCUGAAGACCACUGAUCUAAGAAGUAAAUGUUAUGUCAUGAUCUGCUGAGGAAAGAAACAUGCUUGUGAUAGAAGACACGUCCAAAGAGGGUCACUGCUGAUGCUGUCUGUAUUAAAGAAAUAAAAUAAUUAAAUGAACACUGCA